UGAUCCCACGAGUCUAUCACUCAUCAUUUGGUUCUUUAUGACCUCACAGUGUUCUCUGGAACAGCUACCCAGACAUUCAAGUCUGUUCUCCCGCAAUAUCGCCAGCAGGAGGCCGCUGAGUGCUCCUGUUCUUGAAUGCUCUGCGGAGUUGUGCCUCCUAGAGGUUGUUCUGCCGCCUGGGAUCACAGCCUCCCAGCAACUCCACCGGAUUUUCCAGAUCCUGACCCAAAAUCUUCAGGCUCAACAGAGUCAUCACAAGCUGCCACAGAAGAUAGUUCAACCUAUUAUGGAGAAGGUUGCGCUUAAGAGAAUUUGGAAGGAGUUGUCUGCCAUGAAUCAAGAUCCCCCGGCCCAGUGUUCUGCAGGGCCGGUAGCAGAUAACCUGCUCCACUGGCAAGCAACUAUAAUGGGUCCAGAAGACAGCCCCUACGAGGGAGGGGUAUUUUUCCUCUCAAUCCACUUCCCAUUCAAUUACCCCUACCGGCCCCCCGAAAUUUCUUUCAUUACCCGAAUCUUUCACCCCAACAUAAGCAAAAAGGGGAGUAUCUGCCUCGACAUCUUGAAUUCUAAGUGGUCACCGGCACUCACAAUUUCCAAUGUACUACUUUCUAUUUGCUCUCUACUAUGCGAUCCAAAACCAGACGAUCCUCUGGAUCCUGAAGUUGCGACGAUUUACCACACAGAUUUAGAGGAGUAUAAUAAAUUAGCUCAGGAGUGGACCCAAAGAUAUGCCAUGUAAUUUCAACAUGUAAUUCCAUGAUCAUAAUAAUAAACCUUGCGGUUUUCUUUA